AUGAGCGGCGGCGCCGCCCCCGCACUCAACUGCUCCGGCCGCGGCCUCCAGCGCCACUUCGCCAACGACAGCGAGAGCGAGGAGGCCGGCUGGCUCUGGGCGGACGACAUGCUCGGCGUUGUCUCCGUCGACUUCUCCCACAACGACCUGGUGCGAGUGCACAAGUUCCCCAUGCUGCCUGCGCUGCGGGUGCUGGACCUGUCGCACAACCGGAUCGAGGAGAUCGACCCGGCGGCGUUCGAGCAGCUGCAGAACCUCACCGAGCUGGACCUCAGCAACAAUGAGCUGGUGACCGCCGCGCUCAAGCCCAUCGUCUUCCAGGGCCUGUACGCGAUGCCGGAGUACAUGCCACUGAAGUCGCUGCGCAGACUCAGCCUGGCUAACAACGUGCUGCAUGCACUGGACUCGGACGUGUUCGACCAUAUCGAGAAGCUGGAAGUGCUCGACCUGAGGGGCAACAAGUUCAGCAUCAUCAGCCAGGUCACCGCAGACGCCAUUGGAUCGCUCUUCCACCUCAAGAGUCUGGACCUGUCGUUCUGCGACAUCGAGGCGCUGCCGGAGACAUUCCUGCAUCCGCCGAAGGACCUGCAGCAGCUGUGGCUGGCGGGGAACCGUUUCACCAAGCUGCCGGACGAGCUCAAGAACUCACACAACCUCAGCCUUCUGGACCUCAGCCAAAACCCAAUCCCUGAGAUCUCCAAGGCGCAGCCGUUCCCGGCGUCCCUGGAGUCGCUGACGACGCUGGUGAUGACGUACAUGCCGGCGCUGCGCGUCGUCGACGGCUCGGCGAUGGCCAACCUGACGGGCCUGCGCGAGCUGCAGCUGCACCACAACCCGCGCCUCUCCGAGCUGCGAGGCGAGCUGCCCUACUCGCUCCGGAAGAUAUGGCUGAACGACAACAACUUGAGCCGGCUGGAUAGCGCGCAGGAGCUGGGCCGCUCCAACAUGCUGAAGCUGGUGGACAUCCGCUACAACCCGUGGGUGUGCGACUGCGACACGCAGUGGAUGGUCACCGUGCUCACGCCCCUUAUCAACCGCACGACGCCGGAGCUGCUCACUGGCGCUGGGUGCGAGCAUCCGGAGGAGAUGCGUGGCAAGACGUUCGCGUGGAUGUGGCGCAGUGGCUACAACAUGCGCUGCCUACCCACUGACGGCUCCAAGCCGGAGCGCGACGCAGCCAUGCUGGUGGGCGUGCUGCUCGGUCUGCUGCUGGGCAUGGCGCUGCUCGGCGUCGCCAUCUUCCUGCACCGCCGCCGCCUGCUCCCCACAUGCCUCACCUGCGAGACCGGGCCAGCCGCCUUCUCCAGAGGCUUCUACAAGCGCGCUGGGCCCGCCACUGACGAGAUGUACUAGCCGGUUCUACUCGCGUCAUGUCAUAGCCUGGAGCUAGGCGACAACGAGUACCACCUGUCUAGUCGAAGAGACUACAGUUAUGAGCCAUGCGUUUAGUUCGCAUUUUUAAGUCAUUUGCGAGCGUCGAUGUUAUGUAUAAAACGCUUACAAAUAAAGACAUUCGGUGUUUCAGGAUUUGAUGU